AUGGAGUCACUCAGCAGUAUGACUGAAACCGAAGCCCCUAAACAAGCUUUCACUGUUCCCUCUGGUCAGGGCCCAGAGAGAAAUGAAAUUGAGCCAGUCACAGAUGGUGGGAGUCAAGCAAGUUCCCAGAUUGUCAUAACCUCACUGGCAACCUCGUCCUUUAAGGGAGCGGAUGGAGUGGUAAAUAAGAACCUUCCAGAACCAGCAGCCUCUACUGUUGGAUCCAAACAACAGAUGGCUUUCAAGCUGUUCACAGCUGCAAACACGGUGCAGGCCUUUCCUGGAAAAGGUGAUUCCAGAGAUGAGAACAGUGGUAGCACGCGUAUGCCAUUUGCUGGAACUGACAAAGGCAUUGCAUUUGAUGGCUACUUAGCUCCUGCCUUCUCAGAUACACCAAAGGGAAAUGGCACUGACACAGAGAAGCACUCCUUUUGUAAAAUUCCAGGAACUGAAGGACAAAAGAGAGAGCAAGGACCAGAAGUGAAGCAUCAAACAGAGGUACAAAGUGAACUUGUAAUAUCACAAGUUGCAAUUGUCACUUGCUUAUUUCUCACUUUGAAAUCCACAAAUAUGUUUCCAGAAGAAGUCUUGGAUAUGCCAAGGCCAGCUAGAAGAAAAGGACAACUACGACAUUUGACAGAUGUUGGACAAGAGUUAAUGGCAGAAAGGGGGGACUCCAGACCCAAAAUAGUUAUAGGUGACCCAGCAUCACAUAGUGGUCAGACAGAAGAACAUGAUGGAUCUAAUCAUUCUCCUUGUUCAAGAGGUGAGAAAGGUGAGGUUGGGAAUCCUGGCCCCAGAGGCCUUCAGGGGCUGAAAGGAGACAAAGGAGAAAAUGGAGAAUUGGGUCCAAAAGGUGACCCUGGGCUGAAAGGAGAUCCUGGAGAGAAAGGAGAAAGAGGUCUUGUGGGUCGAAAAGGAGCAAAAGGUUUAUCAGGGUCACCAGGAUCUCAAGGGCCUCCUGGUCUGAAAGGAGAUCCAGGGAGACAAGGAAAAAUGGGUUCUUCUGGAAUUCAGGGGAUGCCUGGACUUCCAGGCCAAAAAGGAGAAAAAGGGCAAAAGGGGAAUUGCAAAGCAGUUGAACCCACCGCAUUUUCAGCUGGUCUUCAGAAAAGGAGAAGUUUCCCACUGCCAGGAUCUCCCGUGAGAUUUGAUAAGGUUUUUCUGAAUGAAAAUGAAGGGUAUCAUGCAGAAUCUGGUAUAUUUACAGCCACCACUGGAGGUACCUAUUAUUUCAGUUACCAUCUCAGCAUUUCUAGCAAAUCACUGAGGGCUGCACUUUUUCAUAAUGGCCAAAGAAUUCAGCAAGUGUCUGGUGUAAGACAGUCCCCACAUAACAUUAGUCAGGUGUCUGGAUCAAUGUUGGUUCAACUUUCUGAAGAUGAUGAAAUUUGGCUUCAGAUUUUGAAUACCUCUCAAAAUGGCCUAGUGGCUGAUGAAACUGCAAAAAUGUGGCAUCUCCGUUGGUCCUGCAUCUUCGUAUUAAUGACAGUUGUUGACCUGACCAUUGAAGGAAAAAGCACCCCAUUUCCAAAGUUUACUAAAAUAAAAGCUAUUGAGUUGGAAACCACCAAGAGUCCAGAAGCUUCUGACAUGCCCCCCAUGGAAGAGAGCCUCUUCACUGAGAUACCUGAAAAGAAUGAUGUCACCACAGAGUUGUCUACACCACACUAUGCCUUCAGAACAGCCACCACACUCUUCCCAUUUGAAAACUUUACUCUGGACUCUUCUGACUUCUUUUUUAACUGCUGUGAUUGUUGUGCUAUAACUCCAGGGGAGAAAGGGGAACCUGGAGCAACAGGAUUGCCAGGACUUAAAGGAGAAACAGGAGAAAAAGGUCUUCAGGGUCUACCAGGAACUCCUGGACAACCAGGCCCAAAAGGAUUAAAAGGAAUCAAAGGAGAUAAAGGAGAACAUGGUGAUCAAGGAGCAAAUGGAAUCCCAGGAUAUCCAGGCAAACCAGGAGAACCAGGUGAAAUUGGAUUUAAAGGAGACAAAGGAAACCAUGGUUUGCCUGGAGUCAAGGGACAAAAGGGCUCCAAGGGGGAAAAUUGUGAGAAUGGCACCAAAGGAGAGAAGGGGGACAGUGGGGAGCUGGGGUUACCAGGUGUUGAUGGGGAAAGUGGAGAAAAAGGAGAAAAGGGGGACAUUGGUGAAAAGGGCUAUUAUGGGGAUCAAGGGGAAAAAGGAGAAAGAGGAGAGAAGGGUGAAGCUGGGCCCAAAGGAGAAAAGGGCAUUAAAGGAGACAUAGGAGUGGAUGGUGGGCAUGGUGAGGAUGGGCAAAAGGGGGAAAAGGGGGAACCUGGCAUUAGGGGAGACAAAGGAGACCAAGGUCCGGUUGGGAUGAUGGGGCCGCCAGGGAUGAAAGGAAUUCCUGGUUUCAAAGGAAUCAGGGGGGCUCCUGGAAAGAAAGGUUCAAGAGGUCCGAAAGGUUCAAAGGGUGAGAUUUCAACAACCCCCAGAUCAGCAUUUAGCGUUGGCCUAUCCAAGCCUUUCCCACCCCCAAACCUGCCUAUUAAGUUUGACAAGAUAUUGUACAAUGACCAGGAAGAUUAUAAUCCAUUGACAGGGAAAUUUAAUUGCAGCAUUGCUGGGGCUUAUGUCUUCUCCUACCAUAUGACAAUACGAGGGCGUCCUGCCCGCAUCAGUAUUGUCUGCCGGAACAAGAAGAUGAUCAGAAGUCGGGAGACACUUUAUGGCCAAGAGAUAGAUCAGGCUUCCUUCCUUACCAUUCUGAAAUUAAAUGCAGGGGAUCAAGUGUGGCUAGAAGUCACAAGAGACUGGAAUGGGGUUUAUGUUAGUGCUGAAGACGACAGCAUAUUUUCUGGCUUCCUCUUAUAUCCAGAUGAAAUAUUUGACACCCUGCUAUAA